ACAGGAAAGACGGUGGAUGCCUGUGAAGUCGCUGUCGAUUUAGAGUCGCAAACAUACAUGAUGCGAUAUUUUAUUGAGAUCGGACUGUAAUUUGCAGCAAUGGUUUCUUUGGGAAGAGUUGCAAAACUACAAUUUGGAGUUAUCCAGAGUGCUUUGUCAUGCUCGAAAGCAACUUCGGGGUAUAUUUCCCGGAUCCAGUCCAGGCUGCAGUUCCAGUGGAGACCUCUGCAAGCUUUCUGUAGUACUACAGCACCCUCUUGUGAUAUUACUGUGCAGUAUAAGCAUGGUCGUCCAGUGCUGGCAAUCCCCUUACCCUCCAGGAGGGAGUGCUGUCUGUUUUCCCUGAGACCCAUGCUCAUGAACGUGGGUGACCUAAUCCAGGAUGUACAGAGGGAGGAUCCUGGUGUGACAACCACUGCCGUCCUAAGUGCAGACGGAGAGCUUUUGUCCUCCGCCACGUCCCUGGAAACACUGCUCAGUAAAGACUUCCAGAUCCUCAUCAACAAUGUCACUUACCACGUACACUCUCCAACCAGAGAAGUGAUGUCCAGCGAGCGUGCGAGACACAUGGAGGAUAUGAAGGCCGUGGUCCACAUGCUACACACAGCCCUGAACCUACCCAGGCACCACCAGCUGCAGGAGAAAGAGCUUCUGGAGAGGCUGAGCUGCCUCAGACAACACCUCCUACCCCUGGAGAAGGUUAAAACCCGGGUUGAGCGGAAGGCAGAGCACAUGUGUUCCUGGGCGAUGUGGGCAGGUGUGGCUGUGCUGUCGGUCCAGGGUGGAGUGCUGGCCUGGUUCACCUGGUGGGUCUACUCCUGGGACAUCAUGGAGCCCAUCACAUACUUCCUCACCUACAGCACCAGCAUGGGCUUCCUCUCCUACUACAUCCUCACCAAACAGGACUGUACUUAUGCAGAUGUUAAAAACAGGCAAUUCCUGCACAAUUUCUACAAAGUGGCCAAGAGAGAGGGUUUCGACGUGCACAAAUACAACAGUCUGAAGGAGGAAGUGGCUGGGGUGGAGGAAAACCUGAGACGACUGAGGAAACCAAUACAGUUCCAGCUGCCAGUGGAGCAGAUCCAACCCCAACCUUGAGACGCCAGAAGAUGAUAUGCAAUGAAAUGCAUAUACUGUACACCAAUACAGUUAGUGACGCGGACCCAUACUAACCAGUAUCCACGGUUACAGUGAGGGGAAUACACACUUGGAUAUAUACACCAUUUUGUGAUAACACACAUGGAAGACAAAGGCCCGCACAUGCAAACUCAAAAAACGGUCUUGCGUAGAGACAAACACACACUCACACUCGGUAGCACACCAAAGCCCAGACACAUCGCCCCUGAGGACACAGAAGGAGGAUCAAACUCGGCAGGCCUAUCUGCCAAGGGUAUCAGUUUUCAAGUCUGGUCCUGAAAACAAAAUGUUCCAUACUCUGACUCCAUGCAGGACAGCCUGUAGCCUAGUGGCUAAGGUACACGACUGGGACCUGGAAGGUUGGUGCUUCAAGCCCCAGAACAGCCACAAUAAGAUCUUCACAGCUGUCAGGCCCUUGAGCAAGGCCCCUGAACCGACAUCGUCCCCUGCUUAGUCUGACUUAAAUAAAUUUAAAAAUAAAAACAAUCAUAAAAACA